AUGCAGGCAGGGGAGGAAUAUUUUCCUUCGCAGUAUGUGACGAACAAGCCCAGUUUGGAGGAUGCCCUGCGGGGGGAUGGGGAGGUGGCUAUUGAGAUGAAUUUGGAGGUAUCGGUGGUGUACUUUUCGAUUGUGACGUUGUUGUCUCUAUUGUGGAGUGUGUCGACUCUAGUGACGUUGUUGCAGCCCUUAAUCAGUCUGGAAUGCCGGGCGUUCUGGCAGUUUGUGCUGAGCAGUUUGACGUUGAUGGUUGCGGUCUUGGGACUCGUGUUGACGUACAAUGGCAAUGGCUACACGCGGGAUGUGUUUUAUGACGCGCGUUCGGGUCAGUCGUUCUCCGUGACGGCCGUUUCCCCCGGGCCGUUCGGACUGAGAGACUCAAUUGACAUCAGCGUUAAAGAUUCGAGCGGACAGCCGAUGCUGCGUCCCGGCGAACUUGAUAGCAGACACAUUUCGCGCGCUGAGGUGCAGGUCCUGUACGCGCUUUUCGGCCAGCAAACCACCAUCUGUCUGGUUCUCUUCGGUCUCACUUCCGUCGCCUGGUGGGACACCGCACGCUGGCUGCCCUGGAACAGAACAGGCUACCAGCUCAGCUCUGACCCAUUCCCCGGCAAUCUCACGGCGCUCGGGAUCGCGGCAGUCAACCUACUCGGCUUCGUCUUCUUCAACCAGAAGCUGCCCCCCAAUCGGCGCUACCAAUGCAUCCUGAAACGCAGCCUCAGCUCCAUCACACCGCUACUCUUCGACCACGACACCGACCAAGAUGAAGUGCCUCCGAGACAAUCCUCUUCCCCGGGACGCAUAUCCUCCCCAGGACGUGUCCCCGUACCAACACUCCCUGAACACACACCCCCAGAACACAUCCCCGGACAGACAUCCCCACAGAGGUCCGACAGCUGGAGCCCCGCCCAAAUCGCUCAUCCCGGACAUAGACCACCACCACCAACCGGCGCCACCGAACUCUCACACAGCACUACUCCUCCCAGUGCUCUCGAAAUGGUCGGCCUCGUUCGUAAUGAAACCCGCAAUAACGACGUAGUCCGGACUUCUGGUCGUGAAUCGCCGGUCGGUCGCACUUCUGGUCGUGAAUCGCCGGUCGGUCGCGCUCCUUCGCGGCAGUCCCUAUCACGACAGUCCCUACCACGGCAGUCCGGUUCGGAUACCGGCCGGUCGCCGCGAGUGACACACUUGACGACCAGUCGCACGAGCUUUGGCAGCAUAGAAGAUUCGCACGCCGUGGACCCUCACACCGUGCUCUACGGCGAACCGCCGCCUUACGCGAGACCCGAGGAUCUCACCGCCGAACACCUCACCGCCGAACACCUCAGCGACCCGCCCACCGGCCACAUCCUAUACGAAGCUACUAGCAGCGGCGAAGACAGCGGUUCCCGCUUCCGCUCGGGCGAAGGCCCCGAUGAUCUGCAGCCCACCUUCAUCACGCGGUCGCUCGGCAUCAACGACUACACACCUCUUCGGGGGUAG